AUGAGACACGGGAUGAUUGCAGUCACGCGGCGGUAUCUCCGCGACGAGCUAGGCGAUACGGAGCCCAUGCGGAUUGCUGCAUCAGAGCUUCUGGCAGGACACUCGGUGCAAACAGGGAUGCAAGUGUACGGCGUGGACAAGUUCACGUUUGAGGGAGUGGACCACUCAACGGCAUAUUCCAUGCAGGAGGAGAUCUCCAAGCGGUGGAUACGGUGGUUGGGGCUUGAGAGCGAUCCGGAGGUGGUGUUGGCAGAUGCUCAGAAGCGGAGGUUCAAUGGAGCGUAUGUCCACGACGAGCGCAGCGCAGAGGACCUGGUCAUGGCCGGCAAAGAGCUGUACGGUAGCGACUUUGUCUUUAAGAGCAUUGAGCAGAGUAUGGCGUGUGUGGAUGUCUACCUGGGUGGGCCCAAGGUUGUCGCAGUCCAGGCCCCGACCGGGUUUGGCAAGACCCUGUUGUUUCAGCUUUCACUCAUCUGCCACGCACGGCGGAAUCAUGGCAUGGUGUCCUUUGUAUUUGUGCCGUACACAGCACUUCGAGCGAGUGGUUCUCGUCACCGCGACGGGGGCUCAAAACACGGCUCCAAAAGCACUGCGCACGCUGGGGUUCAGGGGCAGUGUGCACCUUGAGCACACCUGGAGCGGAGAGGGUGAGGAUUGCCGACUCAAGAACGUGCCCAUCCAGUUGCGGAACUACGUUCGCCGGCCCGCAGUGACCCACGUCUACAAGCACGCGAUGCGGCUGGAGGGAGAUGGAGUGUCUCAAGCAGCGACGUUGCUGGAGCGCCUGUUUGCGCACGAGCCCAAAGCCAAGGCCGUCCUGGUGCUGGGCAGAAAACACCAAGUGGAGCAGGCUUUCAAGGAGCUCGAGCAGAGGUUCAAUGGAGCGUAUGUCCACGGGGGACUUGACACACAAGAGAAGGUGCGGCGUGUGCACCAGUUUUUGCACGACGAGAGGCAGCAUGUGCUGAUAGGCACGAAGCUGGUGGCGGAGGGUCUCGACGUGGCAUCGCUGCGGAUGGUGCUGCUGAUCGACUAUGAGCCCAGGGUUUCCGAGUACAUCCAGUGCGUGGGACGGGUGCGGGAGCACGGCAUUGCGAUAGCGCUGUGGAACAGCGACUCGUUCUGGAAGGACAAGAGAGACAGUGCAAUGUACAUGGACUAUACGAAGUGUCCUACGCGGCAGAUCUGCGAGUACUAUGAGCUGCGCAAGGAGGGGAGGGGGAAGAGGGCCAUGCGGGAUGCUGUGGGAGCUUUGAUAGUGUGA